UCAUCAAUCAAAAUCAUGCCUCCUUCUCUAUUCCCUUAUUCGUACAUCAAAAUUCGUUUCCUCACUCGCGUCCGCCAAUUCCUUCGCUCCAAAUCAUCUCGUAAGCGAUUCCGUUCACCGUCUGAUCCGUCGGAAAUUUCGAGGCCAGAAAUUCGGGACAGAGAAGAGAGUUAUAUCCGGCAGUAUGAUCCGGCGUCGUCCGUGUUGCAGAGGACAGUGAAGAGCCUCCACUUCGGCGACGGGGAGGAAAAACAGAGAGCGGCGAAGGAGAUUGAGAGGUUGAUUAAAGAGAGCGCCAAGGUUAGAAAAUUGAUGGUGGAUCUCGGAGUUAUACCUGCUUUGGUGGCGAUGGCGGAUUCCGAUCAGUUGGCAGUUAGGGCAUUGAUUGAACUUGCUAACGAUACUCUCCUGAACAAGACAGUAAUGGUGGAGGAAGGGAUCUUAUCAAAGCUACCGAAGAACACCCAGUUCGCAACAAUGGAUUCAUCCAGCUUUGAAUUUGCAGAGCUUUUAUUGUCACUUUCAUGUCUAGCAAACACCCAGUUGUUUCUUGCUUCAACCGAACCAGUUGUUUCAUAUCUCUUAACCAUACUCAACAAUUCAAAAUCGAGCCCUGAAACCAAAGCAUUUUGUUUGGCAACUUUAUUCAACAUUUCCACUGUCCUAGAAAAUGCAGAGACCUUAAUCUCCAAUGGUGUGGUUCCAACGCUACUCAGAUUCUCCAGUGUCAAAGAGUCUUCCGAGAAAGCCUUACCGACGCUAGCAAACUUAGCAGUGACUUCAAAAGGGAAGCAAGCUCUGGAAAGCAACUCAAGAUUCGCAGAGAUUUUGGUAGAGAUUUUGACAUGGGAAGAGAAACCCAAAUGCCAAGAACUUUCAGCGGACAUCAUAAUGAUUCUGGGCCAUCAAAGCUGGGCGCAAAGGGAGAGAUUGGGCGAGUCCUGCAUCGCCCCUGCGCUGCUGGGAUUGGCGCUGUUAGGAAGCUCAUUAGCUCAAAGGCGAGCUCUGAAACUGCUGCAAUGGUUUAAAGAUGAGAGGGAGGCGAGAGUGGGGCCGCAUUCUGGACCUCAAAGGGGUGGGAUAGUUGCAGUAGGCUCAGGAUUGAGUGAGGAGGAGGUUGAGAAAGGGAAGAGGAUAAUGAGAAGCCUGGUGAAGCAGAGCCUGUAUAAGAAUAUGGAGAUAAUAACUCGACGAGCCAAUGCUGCUGGGGAAUGUUAUAGUCCAACCAUUAGGAGGACCUUGGUUUCCAGCAUUAGUUCCAAGAGUUCGCCUUUUUGAAACACCUCCAAAUCCAUUACGCAUUUGUAAACUUUCAUCGCCCUGCCCCUCUGUAUUCUAUCGUCUUCUGCAGCUCAAUCAAAGCCAAACGAAGUCAACAAUGGUUUAUAUUGUCCAGUU